CUGGGGCUGUGUUGUGUUGGGCUGUAGUGAAAGUGAAAGCUCCAGUUUCUCAGUAAACAGAAACUUAUGCUCUGGGGUGAGGUCAAGGGGAAAUCCAGAGCGGAGCAGAGCCGCCUCAGCCAGUGCUCAAAAGUCAGGAUGGAAACAGAAACAUUAUCACAAUGUGGUGACUGAGUUGAGAGCUGAGAGGGAUCUGGGAGAGUCCGGGCUGAGAGCUGAGAGGGAUCUGGGAGAGUCCGGGCUGAGAGGGAUCUGAGCCGAGAGGCAGAGCCAUGGGAGUCAGUAGCUCAGUCAGUUUGCAGAGAGUGGGCUGCUGUCUCCUCGCUUUCUUCCUCUUCCAGUGUCUGUGUGUGUCUCUCACCUUCCUCUACCUGAACCAGGAGCUCAAACAGAUCCAAAAGGCGUAUUCCCAGAGCAGCGUGGCCUGCCUGAUGGGGGAUGGCUUGGUCUCUGGCCCUGGAGAUGCUCUCGAGGUCCUUGACUCCGUGAACGCACCGCGGAGGGAGGACGCCUGCUGGCAAUUCAAGACACAGAUUCAGAAGCUCACUGAGCAGAUCUUAUCAAAUCGAUAUGAACAAGACAUGUCCAUGGCUGUAAAAGGUGAAAUCUCCCGUUUCCUUGAUUACCCAACCCAGACUCACACUGAUGUGCGGCCUUCCUCACCCAAGGUGGCAGCUCAUGUGACUGGAGACUAUAAGGGUGAAUUCGAACCAACAGGAGGCCGAACGGUGAGAGAGCUGCACGGGCAGAAGAUAAAGACCUGGGAAUCUCAGCGAGGCUUGGCUUUUCUGUACAGCGUGGAGUACGAGGCUGGAGAACUGAUCAUCCCGAGAACGGGUCUGUAUUACAUUUAUGGUCAGACAUAUUUCCGAUAUCGUGAGGCCGAGAGCGAUGACGACUCCCAAUCAGGCGACUCAUACAGAACCUCCAGAAACAAGCAAAUGGUUCAGUACAUUUAUAAAAAGAUCAACUACCCCGUCCCCAUCCUCCUGAUGAAGAACGCGAGAACAACCUGCUGGGCCAAGGAUUCUGAGUAUGGAUUGUAUUCCAUUUAUCAGGGUGGAGUCUUUGAACUCAAAUACAGAGACAGGAUAUUCGUCACCGUCAGCAACGCUAGUCUGAUUGACAUGGACGGAGAAUCCAGUUACUUUGGGGCAUUUCUCAUCAGUUAAGAGAUUGGCGACAGAAAUCCCCUGGGGUAGACUGUGCAAAUCGGAGGUUCUGCUGUGAUCCUGGUCAAAGCAGAUCUUGUAGGAAAGGAGCAGAGGGCACGGCAAAGAACAACUUGACAUCUCAAAGCUUACGAAUCACAGGAGUCCCAUAGCAUAUUGGUUA